UAACAAAGAGGAGAAGUAAGAAGAGAAUAGAGGACGGUGUGUAUGAGAUUUUGGACAGUUUGGAGAAUGAGGGAGGAGAGUUCGUCAAACGCUUUUGGAGUUGUGUGUUUCAGGACCACAUCCAGCAGAAAUACCCUGUUUUCCGCGCUCUCCGAAACAGCAUCCAGGACGGUUCCUUUAAGAAUUAUAUAAAGCUUCCUAAUGCAGAGAAUCCAAGCGGGAGUAACGAAGGUGAGAGACAAGGAAGGAAGCAACUGAUAAAGAAGAAGGCAAAAAAGAGAGAUAGAAGUAAUGAGGCAGAUGAAGAGGAAGCAGGCCCUUGUUCAAGGUCCAGAUAGAAGAAAGCGGCCACGGAGCCUAAGUCCUUUACUUAUUGUCUCUGCUUUGUCAUUGGUUCCUGUCUGUUAUAUCUACACUGUUUGUUCACUUCCCUGUUGCUAGUCGUUGUUUAACGUUUCCUGUUAGCUCUGUGUUCUGCCUAGUUUUGCCUGCCUGUCUGUUUAUCUGUUCCUUGUUUUUGAUUAAUAAAUGUUUAAACUGCAAUUGGAUCCUCACUCGCUCUUGCCGCAUCGCGACAGAAUGACUAGCCAACCAUGGAUCCAGCAGAAAUCUUGUUUUGUUUACAUCAAGAGGAUUCCCCAAUCGAGGAAUAUGUUGAUGUGUUUGUGGACCUGGACUUCGGGGAAAAGGUACUUAAGGACAUGUUUAGACAUGGAUUAGAGGACAAUUUACGCUAUUUGAUGCCUUUUGACCGAGAGGUGGGGUCUUUCCCAGACUUUGUUAAUCUAGCAUUGCUCUUGGGAGGGUCCUCUCUAACCGUGAGCAGUGUAGAGAUGAACGCCGGGGGGGGCAGUAGGCAUCGGGGUCCGUGGGAUACGGAGCCAAAUCAGCCACGGAUGCCCGAAUGCACUACAUUAACUCUGUCCAGUCCAGUCCUUUGUACGCCUGUUACCGAGCCUGUUUACAAGAUGGCUGCUAUACCGGUAAGCCCAGUUGAGGCCUGUGCGAUCCGGUUAGUCUCAAGCCUGGCGGAUACCCCGAUGGUGUCGGUUCGGGCGGCCGGCAUUCCUAAACCAUCUGCUUCACCAGCCGGAACGAUCGGGUUGACGGAACCAGCCAGACUGAUGGGGUCAACGGGACCAGCUGGACCGAUCGGGUCGACCGGGUCUUUGGAGCCUACCGGGUCGACCGGAUCAAUCGCGUCGGCCGGGUUAACCGGAAUGACGGAGUCAGCCGGUUUGACCAAUUUUUUUUAAUUUUUCUGAGUUCAAUGAGUCAACCAAGUCAAGUGAUUCUACCAAGUUCAGAGUCAACCGAGUCAAGUGAGUCACCUGAUUUGUCCGAAUCACCCGAUUCUUCUGAAUCACCUGAGCCAAAAGAGUCAUUUGACUCAAUGAGACAAUCCGAAUCAUUUGGCUCUUCUGAACUUUUUGAAACUUCUAUGUUUGCCUUGGCUUUGUGGUGUGCUUGGUCUGUUUUUUGCUCUUCUGCUUCACGGGAAGUCUCUCAAACUCAUGAACCCGAGUCUCCUGAACUCCCUGUCACGGCUGGAAGGUUUGAACCCGUGUCAUCUACACUCUCUAUCACGACUGGAAGGUCCGAACCUGAGCCUCAUGCACUUUCUGUCAUGAGUGAAUCGUCAGAGCCAAGGAAAUUGUCAAUGCCAAGUGAAUCACCAGAGUUAAGUGAAUCACUAGAGUCACUAAGGUCACGUGAGUCUUCUGCACUUUCUGUCAUGGCUGAGAAGUUUACAUUUGAGUCCCCUGAGCUGUUUGUUUCGACCAAGUUAGCUGAACCUGAACUUUUUGAAUCUGUUGUCCUGGAUCUUAAGCCUGUUUUUGAAUUCCUGGAAUUUCCUGUGUCAUGUAAUUCAGCUAAUAUGGUUACGCCCAAGCUCCAUAGACUCUCUGCCCUUGCCAAGAUGGCUUUGCAUGACUCUCAAACUUACUGCCCUGCCUGAAAAGGUUAAUUCUGAACUCUCUGCCCUGUCCAAGAUGGAUGACACUGAACUCUUUGCUUUGUCUAAAUUGGCUGACUCUGAACUCUUUUCCCUGUCAAAGAUGGAUAACUAUGAACUCGCUGCCUGGCCCAAAAUGAUUAUAUUUGAGCUACUCUGCCUAUCUGCUCUGUCUGUCUUUAGUUUUGUCUCCCUGGCUUUGUCAGCCUCUCUCUCUCCUGUCCCUAUUUACAGGCCCAGAGCACCUCCAGCACCACCAUGGGUUGCGAUCCCGACCAGUUCGCUGAUUACAUCUGCAGCUCUGCCCUGGUCUCCAGUUAUGCUCUGGUCUUUGGUCCUACCUGCGGCACCACCCUGGCCGCCGACUCCACUAUGGUUUCUGGCUCGACCUGUGGCACCACCCUGGCUUCCAGCUCUGCUCUGGUCUCUGUCUCCACCUGCGGCACCACCCUGGCCGCUAACUCUGCUGUGGUCUCUGGUUUUGCUUAAAGCUUCGCCCUGGUCUCUGGUCCUGCCUUCGGCUCCGCCCAGGCUACCUGCAAUGCCGGUUCUGCCCUGGCUACCUGCUCUGCCGGGUCUGCCACAACACAAACUCAACCCACCCUCCCACCCUUGUUACGCCUUCGCUCCACCCUCCUGGACUAGGGUCUGUCUGUGUUUUGCCCUGUUUCUGUCUGCUGGUUUGCCCUGCUGUUUAUUGAUUGCCCCGCCUACUUGUUUGUUGCUAUGGACACUCAUUGAACUCAUUCAUUCCCUCGUGUGUUGUCAUAGUUACUUAUUGUCUCUGCUUUGUCAUUGGUUCCUGUCUGUUAUAUCUACACUGUUUGUUCACUUCCCUGUUGCUAGUCGUUGUUUAAUGUUUCCCGUUAGCUCUGUGUUCUGCCUAGUUUUGCCUGCCUGUCUGUUUAUCUGUUUCUUGUUUUUGAUUAAUAAAUGUUUAAACUGCAAUUGGAUCCUCACUCGCCCUUGCCACAUCGUGACACAAUCUGCUAACAUUUAUCUAUUGGUACCUAAUAUUUAAAGAUCACAAUCGUUUCUUUUUUAGUGCAUCACUAUUAUUUGUCAUAAUACUAUUUUAUGUCAGUCUACAGAACUAAACUUUUUUUUUUAAACCAGUCAAGAUCAAAUUAACAAUAAAAAUUUUAUAUUUAUAUAAAUAUAAAUUGUGUAAUUCUAGUGUUUACCUCAGUAAAGGUUAAAAAAACUCACUAUACUACACUGAUUUAUCCAGUCAUAUAUGGUAAUGUUUGUACUGUAGAAAGGUUGGAAUGUUAUAAUCGCUUCAUGACACUUUACAUUAUCCAACAUGACAGUUUACAUUACAUCAAGGUUUCUGCUUACAGUGACUAGCAUAAGGAAAUGCACCUUUAUUAUUAAAAUGGAUGUUGGGCUGUGAUUUGAACCACUGUAAUAAAACAAAAGAAAACAAA